GCUGAGAUGUGAGACAGAGAGCCAUGCAGCUUAAUGAGACUGGGGUGCAAACACUGGCUCCAGAGCCAUGUGAGCAGCAAAUGCUUCAAGAUGACAAGACUGGAAACCACAGUGGGGAUUCCACCAGCAACCUGUCGCUGCACUGCUGGCUGCAGCUCCUCACCAAGGAAUCUAUUAUGGAAUUUCAAGGAGACAGCUCCAGUGUAGUGGUGCGUGUGAUGAUAGCCUGUGUGUACUCUCUAGUCUGUGCGUUAGGGUUAGUGGGAAACUCACUGGCUCUGUAUCUGCUGCACUCACGUUACAGGCAGAAGCAGUCAUCCAUCAACUGCUUUGUGAUGGGACUGGCUAUCACAGAUCUCCAGUUUGUUUUGACUUUGCCCUUCUGGGCGGUGGAUACAGCUCUGGACUUCCGCUGGCCAUUUGGCCGAGUGAUGUGCAAAAUCAUCAGCUCUGUCACUACCAUGAACAUGUAUGCGAGUGUAUUCUUUCUCACCGCCAUGAGUGUGGCACGUUAUUACUCUAUUUCAUCUGCGCUGAAAAUGCACAGUCGUCGGACGGCAGCUGCCAGGGCCAAGUGGACAAGCCUGUGCAUCUGGGCUGUUUCUCUGAUGGCUACUUUGCCCCAUGCCAUUUAUUCCACCAGUGCCCAGGUGUCAGAUGAGGAACUUUGCUUGGUGCGCUUUCCGGACUCAGGGAGCUGGGAUCCACAGCUGCUUUUGGGGCUAUACCAGUUGCAAAAAGUUCUCCUGGGGUUUGUAAUUCCACUGAUUAUAAUAACAGUCUGCUAUCUGCUGCUACUACGAGUCAUUCUCAGCCGACGAGUUGCAGGUGUAGCUGGCCCAGAGGUAAUGCAGGGCCGCCAAAAUCGUCGAUCCAAAGUGACCAAGUCCAUAGUCAUCGUGGUUCUGUCCUUCUUCCUGUGCUGGCUUCCUAAUCAGGCGCUGACACUUUGGGGCAUCCUCAUUAAGUUUGACCUUGUGCCAUUCAGCAAGGCUUUCUACAACGUCCAGGCAUAUGCUUUCCCCCUGACUGUGUGCUUGGCACACACCAACAGCUGCCUCAACCCAGUGCUGUACUGCCUGAUUCGCCAGGAGUUUCGUGCAGGACUCAAGGAGAUCCUCCUCCAAGCCACGCCAUCCUUCAGGAGUUUAACUCAUCUGUUGCGUCGCAAGGCUAAAGUGGCGGAGGCGCCACCUGUUCUCGUGCUGGUUCAAAUGGACGUGUGA